AUGUCUUGGAGACGUCCAAGGGACGGUGAGCAGCCUGAAGUCUUGAUACACAUUGGCACCAAUGACAUAAGUAGGAAACGUGAGGAGGUACGGAAGAGAGAUUUUAAGGAGCAUAGGAAGCUGAAAAGCAGGAACUCCGAGGUGGUAAUUUCUGGAUUGCUGCCUGUGUCAUGUGCCAGUGAGUUGUCAGCCGAGGGCAUUGCUUCCCACAAGCAGCUGCGGAGAUCACCCCCGGGUCCUGUCGCGUCACCGAUUUCCGAUGACGCAUCAGCACCGAGCUCGCGGGCGGCGGGAGCAGGUGCUGCAGCACGCGACGCGAGCAGGUACGUUAAUGACGCACCAGAGCGGGGCACGAGGCGCGGUCGGGCUGACGUUGAGCCGGAGCCGGCCGCGUGGGUGUGGCGGCUCGGGAAGCGUGCUCAAUUCGGAACAAUAAUGUCUCAUUUUAAAGUUAAGUCAAAAUGGAAUGGCAUAGAAGCAAAUACACAGACAGACCGGUGUUUUUCCCCAUAUCACGAUGGCAGAAAGAGAAUGGUGAAUGCAGAUGCAAAGCCAAGUUCAAAUUUAGAGGAAUUGUCAAUGAUUUAUGAAGAAGUCUCCAAAUUAUCUGCAACUGAUAAACCAGUUCUUGGUGGUCACAGGCAUUUAGCUCAAUUAGCAACAGCACAACAAAAAGCUUUAAAUAAAAAAAGAGGAAUUAAGCCUUUUUGGAACAGAAGCCCAAGUCUUCAACAGUGGAAGGAAUUUACCCAACGUAGUUCCAAAUAUUCAACAUGUUCUGGAUCCAAUGAAAUUAGUUCAGCUUCCCCCUCCCUUUUGCCUUCAUUAGAUUCAGAGCUGCCUGUGGACUCAUCUUCAGCUGCAAGCAUGGAUAGUUGUUCUUCUAUAGAAUUAUUCCGAGAGGCAGAUGAUCAUACUUGUGUGCAGCAGGAAGAUAUUGGCUGGUUCUGUUACAAAAAUUCUACUCUUCUGGACAAUAGUAAAGCAGCAAACAUUGAUGUAGUACCUCAGCCUUCAAAUCUCUCAGAUAUUUUGGAGCACUCUGGAAACAUUACAAAAGAAAGAAACUUCAAAAACCAUGUGACAGAUGGAACUGAGGUGUAUGGAACGUUUCAACCUAUUUUGGUUACAGCUGCAGGUAAAAGCAUCUCUAAAUUUCGUCCUGACAAUGAGCAGAAAAGGAAGUGUGCAAUUUCCAUUUCAUCAAAGAAGAAAAACAUAAAGCAGAAACACCAAGAUGAAAUGCCAAUCUGCAGCAUUAUUCUAGCUCCUGUGUGUUACCAACCAGCUAAAGUAUGGCAGUAUGAGCAGUUCCAAUCUUGCACAACUUUUGAAAAUGUGCCUCUUGACAUUAUUAUUACCUCACCUACUUGAUCGUGCUUGUUCGAAAUUUUGAAAAAGCUCUUCUGUAUUUGUCAAAUUCGUAUUUUUUUAUUAAAUUAAUUCAUCAGUAAAAGCUUUAUUUAACCAGAGAAUGGGGGGAAAAAAAACUUCUAGUAAUUGCUUAAUUUAUGCUUGGA